ACGGUGACGUCACUUAGGCGACGAUCACGUGCCCCGCUCGAUGCGCUCGGCGCUCUCGCGAGGGCCGCGCUCGGCUCUCCCCGUCGUUGCGUCCGGGGGCGGCGGGGCCUGGCGCGGGCAGCAGCCAUGUCCACCGCUAUGAACUUCGGCGCCAAGAGCUUCAAGCCGCGGCCGCCGGACAAGGGCGCCUUCCCGCUGGAUCACUUCGGGGAGUGCAGCGCGUUCAAGGAGCGCUUCAUGCGGUGCCUCCGCGACAGCGGCUACGAGAGCGGCGCGUGCCGGGAGCGCGCCAUGGCGUACCUGCAGUGCCGCAUGGACAGGCAGCUUAUGGCUAACGAACCACUGGAGAAGCUGGGGUUUAAAGAUCUGAUGGAUGAGAAGUCGGAAGCGCAAGCUGGGAAGCAGUGAUGAAGAAAGCCAGCUUUACUCGUCACGUACAGAAAGUGUAACUCCUGUGGAGUAAAUAUUGCACUUCUGUGCUUAUUGCAAUGGGAAGUGCUUGGUGAAGGAACCUUUUCUUCCAAAAUAGUCUUUCCUAAAAUAAGGUUUUUGAAGUGAGCCGAAGUACUGCCUUCGUUUGCUUUCCUGAAGUAUUUCCUAGCUUCUUUCUUUUCAAUUCUCCAGCAUGCUCUUAAAGAUCACUGAGAACAUUUUAUCUGGGAGAAAACAAUUGUUGCUGGAAGUGUUCUCCAUGUCUGCAAGAACAGUAAUCUCUUGCUUUAAAAAACAAACAAACAAACAAAAAAAACCCCACGUUCCACCUCUGUUGUAUAGAUCUUGAACUACAGGUUAUUGUUAUGUGGGCAUAACUAAUAUGCUUACAGCAGGCGCUUUUCAGGUGGAAAUAAAGCUGUUGUGGUACUUGCAAAUUUAUUUUUACUAAAUGUUGGCGUUAAUUUCCUGCUUUGGGGUGAUCUUCUCAGCAGGCUGUGGUUCCAGCAUCACCAGGAGUUACUCUGCUGCUAUUUACCAUGCCAACAGUGUUUGACCUUUAUUUCAUCAUUUAACCAGAAGUCUUUCAUUACAGUUGUCUUCAUUUCUCCUCUUAGUGCUGCCAUGUUAUUUUUCACAUCCUUAUGGUGAAAUCAGAGGGAAGAUGGCAAUGGUAUUUAUUUGUCUUCAAAGUAAAUGUGAAUUAUAUAUAUAAA